UCGAAAAUGCAUGGUGUACACAGGUUGUAAGACGUGACACACACGUUUUGGAGAUUUGUGUAGCCCAGUUCCGGUGUGAGAACGCUUCCAUUAUGGUUCGUACCCGUUGACUCGCAGCCAUAUCAUCACUGACAGUCUCAUAAAUGAGCGCGCACGUCUGAAGGAGGAGGAAGAGUGGCGGGUCUCUCGUUCCUUACCCGUAUGGCCAGAGCUAGUGGCCGUUUGCCAUGUUUGCCCUCGUCGUGAGAAGUUCGUUUGCACUGCUUGCGGUAGUCGUCACGGUGGCCACGGCAACAGGACCUAGUGAGCAGACGCUAGCGCAGAGGAUCGGUGACCCGGAGGCACUCAAGCAAGCCACGCGUAACCUCGCGGCAGCAUCAAGCGCGACACCAGCUACAAAGGUACGAGAACAGCGCUCGCUUGCCACGAAUAAAGGGCUGGUCCAUAGAAGAAAGCGGUCCCGCAGAAGUCUACUGAGAGGCAGCCGUCGUAGAGACGCCAGUCAAGAGUAUUAUCCCCAAGCUGACGAACAGCAGUACCUUCCUCGGUCCGACCAGCGGGACAGCAACUGGAACGUCGCGUCUCAGCUUGAAGGCAAGGGCGACAACGCUUUGGGAAGCUACGAAAAGCUCGCCGAAGAUCCUUACAACUCGUACUCUCCUCCUGUGCAAGACGCUGACGAUGGUGCUGCCCAGCGCGCAGAAUACGAUGCUGAACGGACAGCCGAACUUGAGGCGAGUGACGGGGAAAGUGCAGCGUACGACGACUACAGCGGUUCCCCUGGUAAACAGAAACGACAAGCGGCACCGGAGAGUGUUGAGCCGUCGCGCGGCUACAGUGGUGAUGGCGGCGGCUGGAAAGUAAGGCCCAGGUCGUGGGAACGGUACAGGAAUAAGCGCGGGUACCAGGAGGGCAGCAGGGACCAGUACCCUCCUGGGCGUUCUUACUUGCAGAGAGGAGCAGGAUCCAAAUUCUUUUCCCCGGACGAGCAGCAACAGAGUGAUAACAACUUUGGUGGUUAUGCGCAAGAAGUUGUGGGGCAGGACGGAUUUGUUGAGCAUGUCGUUGGGGAAAAGAAAUGAAGCGAAAAACGUUGCGAAAAUGAAUGCAAAUAUGAUUCGUGGUGCUGCAUUAUCGUAUAUAAAGUACUGGCAUGUCUAUCGCUAUAAUGCCUCUUUCCCGUUGGGGCGUUCGCCAUCCAUCAAUAAAUGACGUCCGAGGUUUCAUCAUGUUAAGGGAAUCAUGUUUCGCUUGUUGUCAAACAGGAAGUUUAUUGUGCCACAUAAAUGGAAUUCAAAUCAA